GCCACUCAGCCCGUUUCCCGGUGACGGUCCUGGGGAAUCCCUACGCACGCUUAGGCUCUUGGGAGUUGUAGUACGAAUCCAGUCAGGGUUGGAACCAUGGCGGUGGCCAAGGAGCUCUUACAGAUGGACCUGUAUGCGCUGCUAGGUAUCGAGGAGAAAGCGGCGGACAAAGAGGUGAAGAAGGCAUAUAGGCAGAAGGCCCUCUCCUGCCACCCAGACAAAAACCCGGAUAAUCCCAGAGCAGCUGAGCUCUUCCACCAGCUUUCUCAGGCCUUGGAGGUACUGACCGAUGCUGCAGCCAGGGCUGCAUACGACAAGGUCAGGAAAGCCAAGAAGCAGGCAGCGGAGAGGACCCAGAAACUUGAUGAGAGACGGAAGAAAGUGAAGCUUGACCUGGAGGCCCGAGAGCGGCAGGCCCAGGCCCACGGCAGUGAGGAGGAGGAGGAGAGCAGGAGCACCAGGACACUGGAGCAGGAGAUCGAACGCCUUCGAGAAGAGGGCUCCCGGCAGCUGGAGGAGCAGCAGAAGCUGAUCCAGGAGCAGAUACGCCAGGAGCGGGAGCAGAGGUUGAGAGGAAAGGCAGAAAGUCCUGAAGGCAGAGGAACCCCUAAGCUAAAGCUAAAAUGGAAGUGCAAGAAGGAAGAUGAGUCAAAAGGCGGCUACUCCAGAGAUGUCCUCUUACAGCUUUUCCAGAAGUAUGGAGAGGUGCUCAACCUGGUGCUUUCUAGUAAGAAGGCUGGCACUGCUGUGGUAGAGUUCGCAACCAUCAAGGCUGCGGAGCUGGCUGUCCAGAAUGAAGUGGGCCUGGUUGAUAACCCUCUGAAGAUUUCCUGGUUGGAGGGACGACCGCAGGGUGGGAGAGACCCCAGCCACUCAGGACUGUCACAGGUAAGGAACCACACCUCCGUCAGCUGGGUCUGCCCAGGGUUUGUGGGACCUUUUCCUGUCUGGGCUCUGCUCGGGACCCUUUCCUCCCAAAUCCAGGUUGUCAGGAGCAGAGUGAGACUGGCAGGUUUGCCAGCCUAAACAGGACUAGGAUUCUGUCCUGACUCUCUGUCUCUGAGUGCUAGGACCCCAGCCCACACAGAAUACUUAGACCUUACUUUCCCGCCACAACCCCGUGUCUGGCUGGGGCUCCCACCUUCACCCUGAGGGGCUUUUCUGGCCCCCAGGCUGCUUGGUUGUUAUGUGAAGCCCUGGGUGCUUUGACUACCUGGUGCUGCAGGCAGCUUGAGCGCCCUCUUGUCCCCCACCUCUCCCACUGGUUCCGGUUCCCGGGGUGUCUGGGGCUGCCUGGGGCAGGGGCCAACGGGCAGGAGGAAGUCUCCUCAGCACCAGCACUGGCGCCUCUGCCGGUCCUGGGGCACUGCCUGCACAGAUGUUUUGUGGUGUGGCACAGAUCUGGCGCUGGCUCUCAGCCUUCCAGCUUCGUGAGGGUUUCUGUUCGCCACCUGCACACACCUGGCCCUGGUUAUAUUGGCCCACUUUGGCAGGACAGAGAGCCUUCGGGCCCAGGGCUGUCCCUUCCCUGAAAUGGCCCAUGGAUCUGUUGGGAGCCUCAGGCUGCCGUGCUCACAGCCCGCUCCGCUCCGUGGGGGAGAGGGUCCCUAGGGUCCGCAGGGCUUUGCUCUCAUUGCCUCAGCCUGCUCACCUGUGUGCUCUCAGCUGGCUGGGAGGACGGGAAGCUCCCUGGGAGUGUGGCCCAGGACCUGGACAGAGGAGAAAGAUGAACGGGCAGGAGCCCUUCCUUAGAGACCUCAUUCCCCACUGUUAAGUCCCAGCAUUUCACAGCCCCAGAGGACACUCCAUAGGCCAUGUUACAAAGAACUUUAUUCAUUUUCUCCUGCAUCCAGAGGGGAGCCUUUGAACUCUGCAAGUCCGCACAGAGGAGGGAAGAGGGAGGCUGUUGGUAUGGGUAUGGAAGCAGUGUGCGUUAGAGCUUCCUCUCCCCCUCUGCCAGGCUUGGAGAGGCCUGGAGUGUCAGAACCACGUGGCCAGCCCAUCUGAGUUCUGGUUGCAAGUCUUCUGACCAGGCCAUGAGACGGGGACAGUAGCAUAGCCCUUGGCCUUGACCAGUGGGCCCGCCCUGGGUAGCAGGCCCCCAUCGUCAGGAGGUUUGGGCAAGGCAGAGCUCCUCAAUUCUGGUGGAGGAUUCUGGAGACCUGCUGAGCUGCUUCACAGUAACAGCCACAAGCUUCAUGUCCAUCCCCGAUCCAGUUCUCCUAUGCUCUUGGGGCAGAAAGGGAAAUCUGCCACUGUUCCUGCUACAUUUCCCAAGGGUUCCCAUCACUAAAAUUCUGGGAACUGCCCCAGGCACCCCUUUGCAGGCUGUGCCUGUGCCUUUGGCUGCCAUUCCCUAUAGCCUCCUUCCUUGGGCACCAGGCAUGCUCUGGACAGCUACCUUGGCGGCUUGUCUUGUCCCUUUUUGGCAAGUGAUUUGUUUGCCCUUCCCCCUGAGUUGUACUGUGCACCUCUACCUGCCUCUCUCUUCCUACUCUGCCAGCCCCUCCCCUCCCCUGCAGGUCCUGUUUGUCCCCCUACCCGCACCGGGCACUCAUGGCUUCCAGGCCAUGGCCGAGACCCAAGCUGCCUGCUAGGCUUUCUCCAGUGAUGUUCAUGUUCAGCCAGCACUGUCCAAAGUGGUAGCCAUUCAUCACGUGUGGCUGCUGAACAUUUGAAAUGUGGCUAGUGCAGCCAUGGAACUAAAUUCUUAAUUUUACUUAAUUUCAAUUUGAACAGCCACACAUAGUUAGUGCGGGGGAACCAUUUUGCCUCUCCCUAUCCUGUGAUGCCUCUCUGUUAACAGUGGCUUCUGAGGGGCCGGUGCAGGACACCUGUCUGACCCGCGCAGUCUGCAUGUCCUCCACUCCCCCGGACUCACCCCUUGUGCUGUCCUCCCCCUCUGCUGGCCUCUGCCCUGUCCCUGUGGUUACAGGCAUGGCCUCCCUUGCCCAGCCUGGCCAACUGCCUUCAGGGCUCCUGCCACCAAGUGCCCCCUCACAGCAUUUCCAGCUUGCCUCUGUGCCUCCGCUCCCAGGUGAUGUGGAGGACUUUAGGACCUGGAAGGCAGGCAGAACCCUGGAUUUCUAUCCCUAAUUCUCCCGAAUCUGCAGCUGUACCCUCCUUCCAGGCUUCCGGCUCUUCCAGUG